CUUAGUAUUUCAAUAUACCUUGAUCUUAAUCUCAUUGGCUUUUUGUGUGCAGCUACCUAAAUAUGGAUAAGCUUCCUGCCGUAGGCCUUUUGACUCCUCUGGACCUCAACACAGUUGAGGCUGUUCCUGAAUCUCACGUAUGGCCUCACCUCGAUGAAUCAUCGCAGAAGUUCGAAUCAAACAAAACGGUCUCGAUCCCGGUUGUCGAUUUUAACGACGACAAUGUGUUGGAGCUCAUAGGGAAAGCCUGCGAGGAGUGGGGAAUGUUUCAGUUGAUUAAUCAUGGUAUCCCAAAAACCCUAACAGCCGAAACCGAGGAGGUGGCUCGAUGUCUUUUCGCUCUUCCACAAAGCCAGAAGAUGAAGGCAUUAAAUGUUCCCGGAACUGCCAACGGCUACUGCAUGGCCAGAUUAACGAAGCAUCAUGACAAAAUGAUGUGGCAUGAAGGAUUCACUGUCAUAGGUUCUCCAGUUGAUGAUUUUAAGAAACUCUGGCCAUCGGACUACCAACCGUUCUGUGAUAAAAUGGAAGAAUACCAACUCAAAAUGAAGGCUUUAGCUGAUAAGCUAAUAAGCUUAAUCUUCAAGUUUCUUGGCAUCUCGGAUGAAGAGAUGGUGAAGAAGUUGUCUUACAUCGACCCGGCCACCGGAAAACCCCACUUGGCUUUGCGCUUGAACUCGUUUCCUCCAUGCCCUGAACCAAGCAAAGUCAUUGGCCUCGCGGCCCACACUGACACCUCCCUCUUCACCAUGCUUCACCAGGCACGCAGAGAGGGGCUACAGAUCUUGAACGAGAAAGAUGGCUGGCUUCCGCUGGCUCCAAGGAGCGACGCUCUCAUUAUUAACAUCGGCGAUUUCCUCCAAAUUAUAUCGAACGGGCGGUUUCAUAGCGUUCCUCACCGGGUGAUGAUACGAGAGACUGAGAAGACUACGAUGUCGAUGGCAUAUUUCUUUCAUCCACCAGGUCAUUUAUACGUAGCACCUUAUUGUAAGCCAUUGAGUGAAACUCUACAGACUCCCAUUUAUAAAGGAGUGAACGUGAAAGAAUAUUUCAUCAUCAAGGCUAAAGCCUCGGGGAAGGGAAUUGCUGCCCUAACAAUAUGAUGUUUCAUAUUGAAAACCUCUUGUUUGCUUCACUUUCAGAAGGGUUUCCAAAAAUAAGUUGUUAAACUGUUCAUGUGGGGGCAGCUUUUAAAUGGUUUAGUUUGAUGAUCAUACACAGCCAUGCAAUAAAUAUGGAAACUUGCAUGUAAUAUUCUCGUC